UAUAACAAACCCUAGUUUCGCCCUUUCUUCCGUCAGUCUCCACCAUCAAAACACACACACAGUAAUUUCAAAAAACAAACAAGAUGGCUGACGAUGAUUACGAGAUGGACACAGGAGGUUACGAAGAUGAGCCAGUUGAACCUGAACUCGAUGAAGGGGCAGAAGAAGAGAUGGGAGGAGAUAAAGAAGAAGAAGAUAUAGGAGAUCCGCUUUUAGCCGGUGAUAAUGAUGAAGAAGCUGAAGCGUCUGCUCCUGUUGAGAAACCGAGGAAAACGAUCAAAUAUAUGACUAAAUAUGAACGGGCUAGGAUUUUGGGUACUCGUGCUCUCCAAAUCAGCAUGAAUGCUCCAGUGAUGGUUGAGUUGGAGGGCGAAACUGAUCCCCUUGAGAUAGCUAUGAAGGAGCUUAGACAGCGGAAGAUACCCUUUACCAUCCGUCGGUACCUGCCUGAUGGAAGCUAUGAAGACUGGGGAGUUGAUGAACUAAUCGUGGAGGAUUCUUGGAAAAGACAGGUCGGCGGCGACUAGGUUGAGUGCCGCCUUGUGCUGCUUGAAAUACUCUCUGAAUGUCAUGUUUGUAGACAUGAACCUGUGAAACAUCAACCAUUAACAUGCUUGUUGUCUAGUACAAUUAUGUUAAACUUCGUGACGAAAGUUCGUAACUAUUUUAAUUGCCGUUUAUGGAAGGUGAUUUUGUGAA